AUGUGGGAAGCUGGUAGAAACAAUUCGCCAUUGGCUCAUGCUAUGAUGCAUGGAAUUCAUGUUUUAUUAGUGGAUCAUGAUGCAGAAGCUUUAAUCAAUACAGCAAAGCAACUCGAAAUGUGCCAGUACAAAGUUACAUUUGUUGAGCAUGCAUCUGCUGCAAUAUCGAUGCUCCCUAGUGGAAAGGCUAAAUUUGAUGCUGUGAUAGCAAACAUCAACUCUCCUGAUCUCCAUGGAUUCAAACUUCUCCAACAUGCAGUCUACAUGUGCAUCCCAGUAGUUUUAAUGUCCGAUGAUGAUGAUGCAUUCAUUGCGAUGAGGGCUCUCGAACAUGGGGCAUUCCUUUACAUCAAGAAGCCUAUAUCAAUGGAGUUUCUCCGAUGUCUCUGGCAACAUGUUGUGAGGGAGAAGACGAGAAUGGUGAGGGAAAGGGACAUGUUUAUCGCAUCGAACAACCUCGCAUCUGUACGCAGUGUCCAGUUUAGGGAAGUGACGCAUCCGAGGGAUGAAAACCCUAACCCUAAUCAUAACAUGGCAAUGAAGAAUAAGGGUAAGUGCAAGAGUAAAGGUAGAUGUAGAUAUGAUGAUUAUAGUGAAGAAUACGAUUCAGAGAGUCAUGUGAAGGGUAAUGUGAGGAGGAAGAUAUGUACCGAAUGGACUCAAGAACUGCAUACCAAGUUCAUGAAUGCAAUCGAACAACUUGGUGAAGGAAGGUGUUUCCCAAAAGAAAUCCUAGAGAUGAUGAAUGAGCCUGGCCUAACAAGAAUGCAAGUGGCAAGCCAUCUUCAGAACUGUGGUGAAGCAAGUUCACAGAGCAAGAGCCUUUGGAGUUCAGACACAUCGAAUCUCGACAGCGAUCACUCUGAAACUAAAGCCCAAGCUUGUUGA